AUGACUCAUGUGGCCCGCACCUGCUCUGCAGUCGAGGGGCUGCCGUGGUUUAGUAAGGAGAGGUUGGAGACGAUGAAGGUGUGGCUUCAAAUUGUUAGCGACAGCUGUUUUCGGAACCUUGCAGAGGACCGCAGUGGCGUCAACCUCAAAGAUCUCGUCCAUGAUCCCUCCCUGUUGGGGGGUAUGAUCACGGCCUACAAGAUAGUGCCGGAUGAAAUCGAUGAAAUCAAGGAGACCCUGGUGGAUUGGUGUGAUGAAAAGGAACUUAACCUCAUUCUAACCACCGGAGGCACUGGCUUCGCCCCAAGAGACGUCACACCAGAGGCCACUAAGGAGGUGAUAGAGCGCGAGGCUCCAGGGAUGUCUCUGGCCAUGCUGAUGGGAUCCCUCAACGUCACACCACUAGGCAUGCUUUCCAGACCUGUGUGUGGUAUCCGAGGGAAGACGCUCAUCAUUAACUUACCAGGAAGCAAGAAAGGCUCCCAGGAAUGCUUCCAGUUCAUCCUGCCAGCGCUGCCGCACGCCAUCGACCUCCUGCGGGACGCAGUGGUGAAGGUAAAGGAGGCGGCGGACGAGCUGGAGGACCUGCCUUCGCCACCGCCGCCCCUCUCGCCGCCACCCAAUAGUUCGCCCCACCGCCAGACAGAGGACAAGGGCGUGCAGUGCGAGGAGGAGGAUGAGGAGAAGAAGGACAGCGGAGUGGCGUCAACUGAGGACAGCUCCUCCUCCCAUAUCACAGCUGCAUCCAUCGCCGCCAAGAUCCCAGACUCCAUUAUCUCGCGGGGUGUGCAGGUGUUGCCCAGGGAUACAGCCUCUCUCAGCACCACGCCCUCGGAGUCGCCCCGCGCCCAGGCCACGUCCCGCCUCUCGACCGCUUCCUGUCCCACACCCAAAGCGCGGCUCCCCUCCUGUUCAUCCACCCUAAGCAUUGCUGAGGCCUCACGGAGAGAAUUCAGGGCUCACCUGGAUGAGGUCAUCACGCUCAAGUCAAGGUACUCUACCUUGGACCAGCUCCAGUGUAGGUUGGAGGGGCUUAAAGAUGAUCGCAGGAGGACCUUCAGCUCUCGAGUGCAGUCACGAUGCAGCAGCAAAGAAAAUAUCCUAAGAUCAAGUCACAGUGCGGUGGACAUCACCAAGGUGGCCCGGAGGCACCGCAUGUCCCCCUUCCCCCUCACCUCCAUGGACAAGGCCUUCAUCACUGUGCUGGAGAUGACCGCCGUCCUGGGCACCGAGAUCAUCAACUACAGAGAUGGGAUGGGUCGAGUCCUGGCUCAGGACGUUUAUGCCAAAGACAACCUGCCACCCUUCCCUGCCUCUGUCAAGGAUGGUUAUGCUGUGAGAGCGGCUGACGGCCCAGGCGAUCGCUUCAUCAUUGGAGAGUCACAAGCUGGAGAGCAGCCCACCCACACGGUGAUGCCUGGCCAGGUGAUGAGGGUGACGACGGGGGCCCCUAUCCCAUGCGGGGCCGACGCUGUAGUGCAGGUCGAAGACACUGAGCUGCUCCGCGAGUCCGAAGACGGCACAGAGGAGCUGGAGGUACGAAUCCUAGUACAGGCUCGUCCAGGACAGGAUAUCAGGCCCAUUGGUCAUGACAUUAAGCGUGGGGAGUGUGUGCUUGCAAAGGGCACUCACAUGGGCCCGUCUGAGAUUGGUCUCUUGGCCACUGUGGGAGUCACAGAGGUGGAGGUCCAGAAAUUCCCUGUGGUGGCCGUCAUGUCCACAGGAAAUGAGCUGCUGAACCCAGAAGACGACCUCCAUCCUGGAAAGAUCAGGGACAGUAAUCGCUCCACCUUACUGGCCACCAUCCAGGAGCACGGCUACCCCACCAUCAAUCUGGGCAUCGUGGGAGACAACCCCGAUGACCUUCUCAACGCUCUGAAUGAAGGCAUCAGCCGUGCUGAUGUCAUCAUCACCUCAGGAGGAGUGUCCAUGGGAGAGAAGGACUACCUUAAGCAGGUGCUGGAUAUUGACCUUCAUGCUCAGAUCCAUUUUGGUCGUGUUUUCAUGAAACCAGGUCUCCCAACAACAUUUGCCACCUUGGACAUGGACGGUGCUCGCAAACUAAUCUUUGCCCUCCCAGGAAACCCCGUGUCCGCUGUUGUCACCUGUAAUCUUUUUGUCAUCCCUGCCUUGAGGAAGAUGCAGGGCAUUUUGGACCCUAGGCCCACCAUCAUCAAAGCGAGGUUGUCUUGUGAUGUGAAGUUGGACCCUCGCCCUGAAUACCACCGCUGCAUUCUGACAUGGCAUCACCAGGAGCCUCUGCCGUGGGCACAGAGCACAGGGAACCAGGUGAGCAGCAGGCUGAUGAGCAUGCGCAGUGCUAACGGGCUCCUGAUGCUACCUCCGAAAACAGAGCAAUACGUGGAGCUGCACAAGGGCGAGGUGGUCGACGUCAUGGUCAUCGGCCGGCUAUGAUGUCACCACUGAGGGACGGAGCGUCGGCGUCAUAUAGCGAGGGUUGGAAUGGGUG